AAGAGGAUUUUAAAUAUACAUCGGAAGUUAAUUGUACGCAUGAUUCAUAAAUAAAAUAAAUAACAGUGUCAUAACAAUGGCGUUUAGUUUAGCUGCUUUUUCAUAUAUUAUUGCACUGAUUGUUGAUGCAUUUCUCAUAUUUUUCGCUAUUUUCCAUGUGAUUGCAUUUGAUGAAUUAAAGACGGAGUAUAAAAAUCCUAUUGAGCAGUGCAAUAGUCUCAAUCCUCUCGUACCUUUUGAAUAUGGGCUGCAUCUUCUGAUAAAUGUAUUAUUCUUAGUAAGCGGGGAAUGGUUGUCAAUAUUAAUAAAUGCUCCGUUGAUUGCGUACCAUGUAAACAGAUACUUGACGAGGCCGGUAAUGUCAGGUCCCGGUCUAUAUGACGCUACGAGUAUUUUAAAUGCCAAUGUUUUGGCAAGAUGUCAAAGAGAGGGAUGGAUCAAACUUGCAUUUUAUUUGCUCUGUUUCUUCUAUUAUUUAUACGGAAUGAUAAGUUCACUUAUUCACUAAGUGAUUUUUAAACUGCCAACGAAUGCUAAUUUUUAUAUUAUUUAUAACUUAAGACGAUAAAUAAAAAAUAUAAAGGGCUAUUAAGUAAUAAAUCUUCCAAAGCCUAGUCCUUAUUUUUGGUUAAUUAGUAAACCAUAGUGCCAAUCUUCGAGAUUGUUCCAGUGCAUCAGCAGCUAAUAACAUUUUGCCUUAAUGAUAAUUAUUAAAAUUAUUCGAACAAAUUAACGCUACAAUGCAGAUUAGUGUUAAGUGUCAAGUACAUUAACUGUAAUGACUUUAAAUGAUUUUUGUCAUCCAUGUUAUAAAUUUAGGGGAGUAAUUAAAUAAUCACACGUUUGUCUAUCGAUUCAAGAGAUUUUCUAUUGUAAUGAUUAAUGAUGUACAGAUUUUUUACUUUAUCAAUACAUGAGUAUCAGCAUAAUUCUA